GCUUUGCUUUCUUCAUCUUUUACGUCUUCUCCCUCGUCGUGGUUGUAUCCCUUCCUUUGCUUGUGUGCUUGCUGACAAUCGUUGUGCGCCUGGGGAGCCACCGACGGCUCGCUUGGACCCGUAGUCUAGUCGGAAUUCGAAGGAGCUUUUGUGGAAAUAUGAUAUAUGACGUGAACUCCGCGCUGUUCCGGUCCUUUUUGAGCCAGAAGGGCGCCGGGGACAAGCGCAAGCCGGAGGUCCAGCAGCCGGGCAACCAACAGCGGGCGCCCAAGGCCAACGAGAACAAGCCCGUGAUGAAUGAGUGACCACCGUCUCGCCAUGGUUCCUUGUCGCUUGGGUGAUGAGGAUGCGGCGGAGGAUCCCUCUUGGGCGUUCUGGAAAGAUGGAGAACUUAUGCGACAUCAUUGUUAGCAUCUCUCGUAGCUUUUGAGAAUGAACGGUGGAGGUGGGGUUAGCGCUGUAGCUAGCUUUGUAAGUGGGAUGUGAAUUUUCAGUCUCUUGGAAAGCCUUGCAUGAGAAAAUGAGGGUGGUCAAUGCUUCAGUGUUUCGCAUGCGUUGUUUGCCUCGUCCAAUCCACGGUGAUCAGACAUGGUGGGGUUUUCCUUAGCACUGGACUUCCACUUGUUCACUGCCGGGAGCAGUUGCUUUAACUUUACAUUGACUGCUAAAGUCACGUCCGCGAUGGUACUUUGUUGGUCGAUCACGGUAAUCGAUCAUAUACUCUCUGAAAUUUUCUCGGCUGAUUAGUA